AUUGACACUCGCGGCCCGAGCUGCUCCGCUCCUCUCGGGAGAGAGCUUCUCACGUGAGAACUUUUCACGUAAGAGCGUCUCGCUCGAGGCACUCGUGACUGGUUGUGCGAGAGAUAGUCCAGUCGGGGCUUAGCGUAAUCCGACGUUGUCGGUGUGUGAAAGGUGGAAGAGUCACUGAGGUGCCGAGAGACGAAUAGUGUUUGACUUUGAAACGACAGCUUGUUUGAGAGGGAUUCCCGUCUGCUCAGCGGCUCGUUGACGUAGCGGUCCACCGGCUCGGUCCUUCAGUCCAGCAGUCCGUCGGUCCGUCGGCCCAACAGUCCGUCGGUCCGUCGGUCCACUCGUCCGACGCUGACAGGCCGCCACUGACGCCGCUGACAGGCCGUUGCUGACAGGCCGCCGCCAUGUCGGACGACGAGACCGCCAGUUCCAGCGUGUCGGUCUACAUCUACGACCUGACCGCCGGCCUGGCCCAGAGGUUCUCACAAGCGCUGCUCGGUCAGCAUGUCGAGGGGAUUUGGCACACAGGCGUGGUGGCGUUCGGACGCGAGUACUUUUUCGGCAGCGAGGGAGUCCAGAGCUGCGCACCGGGCGGGACGAUACUCGGCGAACCCACUCGCGUGGAGCGUAUCGGUGAAACUGAGGUGCCUUACCAGCUCUUCUUGGAAUACGUCUUCGGACUCGGAGAGAGCACAUUCGCGCCGGGAAAGUACAACCUGAUCGAGCACAACUGCAACAACUUUGCCGACGAGGUGGCCACCUUUCUCUGUGGCCACGGCAUCCCAAAGUUUAUCCUCACACUCCCUGACGAGCUGCUGAACACGCCCCUGGGUCAGACAGUCGCCCCGCUGCUCGCCAGUUUAUCCCUGAAGCGUAGCCCCAACGACCCGUUGUCCGUGCCAGUGCGGGACGUCAGGAGCUCGAACAGAGAGGACAGUCCAGACUUCGUGGAGCUCAACCAGCGAGUCGAGGAGAUCCGCAAACAGAACCAACUGCUCGACGAACGGCGCAGCUCGCUCAGCGAAAAACUCCACAAGGCUGAGAAGAAGAAGAAGAAGCGCGACGGCAAGUCGCACAAGAAGCGUCGCUCGCGGGCUGGCUCUGCGGACCUUCUGGACGUAGAGGAGAGCUCGAGGUCGGAGCAGCGUGUCGGGUCCCCGCGCCGUGUCACCUUUAGUCAGCCAGAAGAGCCUCGCGGCCCGGCCGACGGUCAGUGCGGAGCCUCCAGCUCUCCAGAGCUCAGCUCACGGCCGCCCCCAGCACCAGCACCAGCCCGCUCAGCACCAGCACCACCUCGCUCAGUAGCAGCCAUGUCUGACGGCACGCCGCCACCGCCGGCCGAGACGCGUCCCCCGGCCCCGGGUGCCGAGGAACCGGAGCCAGAGAAGCCGCGCAUCCCGCCCGUCGUCUUCAAGGAUGCCGUCAGUGAUGUAAAGGCUGAGUUUGACGGCCUCCUGAAGGCCGUGGACGGCCAGCUUGGCGACGAGGAGCUGCAGAACGUCAAGGAACUCAAGAUGUACAUGCUGGAAGACGAGGGAGCCUGGGCCCUUGGAGAGAACUUCAUCAACUUCCUGGGUCGGAUUCUGCACGACAAGUCGCUGCCUCCGGCGGCACGUGUACACCUGCUGAACCUGCUGUCCGUGGCGACCACCAAGGACGACUUCAUCCUGAUCCUGCACCAGGACCGGCGUGAGCACGUGAUCAUGAACUACGCCGAUGACGUGGACCGGCUGCCUACUGAGGAACAGACCGCUCUGUCGCUGAUGUUUGCCAACAUGUUUGACCAGAACGGCAGCAGCGAGUGGCUCCUGUACAUCUCCGAGUGGCAGAGCCCGCACAACAACAUGCCCAUCUCCAACAUUCGAGUCACCACUAAGGUGGCAGUGAACGCGCUGCUGGCCGACAGCGCCGAGAUGCAGGACCGCGGCACGGCCAUCAUGUACAACCUGGCGGUGAAGGAGGUAAAAACCGUGAAACUGAAAACUAACAUGAACAUGCGCAAAAUGAUGCCCGCUGGCAGCCUGAACAAGGUGUUUGAUGACGUGGCCACGGAACUGGCGAUGGCCAUUCUGCAGUACUUCCAGACGUCGCCACCCGAGGAGCGACUCUACAGGUGUAUGCGCGCCCUGGCCAAAUUCGCCCAGGUCUCCUACAACGAUGUGCCUCAGCUGAUCAAAAUGAUCGGGCCGGAGCCGGGAAAGUUCCGCGGUCAAUCGGCGAGGACCGACGAAUUGAUCGCGGAGCUGGAGACACGCCUGGCUCGGGUGCAGAUGUAGACUCGAGUCACGGAGUCAGCGAGUCACGGAGUCAGCGAGUCGCAGAGUCAGCGCCCCCGGCCAGGAAGACGUACAGUCGGGUGGCAGGACGCUGUGCUGAUGUGAAAAAAGGAGAAGGUGCUCAGAGUUGGUGUGUUAGGCGUCACUCAGCUGAGCGGAAGGGGUGAUUUUGGGUCACGAGGCAGCCGCGUGUGCCGUUGAAAAGGAUGAGCGGCCAUGUGCGGGUUAGUGAAUUCGCUUGAGGCGUGCGUGUGUUGAGUGACUUGGCUCGAAAUGAUCAGUGGUUUGGUUUCGCUAUUCGGGGGCUUUUUAUGAAAAUCGAACGUCGCAUGGUAACAUACGUUCGCAGUCUUUCAUAAUGUAGCUCAAUUGCGACGAAUCAAUUAUGAAAGGGCAUUAAUUACGCUGACAGUGUCAUAUCUAUAGCGUGCCCAGGAGUCCCUCUUUAUGAUUCAUACAUCCGAGAUACGCUAUACUCAAAGCAAGCUACAAAGGGCUGGAAGCUUAGCGUAGCUGAAUACCUACCUAAGUUCAAAUUCGUCUAUCUAUUAAAAACACAUCCGGCAAUGCCCAGCGGUUUUAUGAGUUCUCUGAGAGUGGCGCUGUAGCUGGUGUUGUCCCUUAUUAGGUGUGUGCCCUGAAGCCUGAGCGGCGUCUGAGCGAACCAGAUUUAACCGGUUAUGCACCGUCAAGUGGCUCUGAUGGACCGUAAGGUGACCCUCGGCAGAUAAUCGAAAAGCUCUCUGCCAGACGACAGGUUAGUGACGCAAAAUAAAACACCCAGAAUAGCCACCAAAACAUCAAAGUCAGGGGACAAAAACUGACACUUGGGGCGUGUGUUUCCUGACAAGGAAAUUUCAGUUACAUCUGAAAAGUAUGUUUGUCUAUGUUUGUGCGAGAUGUGCGGUUGUGUUUGUUAUUGCGUAGGUGUGCGGCUUUAUGCCACCUGAUGUGUUGUACAUUUAUAACGCGCCUUCGAUAUUGCGUCGCUAUUUGACGAUAUUGUGCCUGUCGUGUGCUCUAUUAACGUUACAUGCUCGUCGGGUCGUGCCGGACUAACGCGUGAUGAUCGUCACCGAAUCGCUUCUCGGCGAUAGAGGCAGGAUGCACGUACUGCUAACUAAAGCGACUUCGCUUCAGGGCUUCGUUCCUGGCUACCGGUCUCGAACAUUGAUCAUUUCAGGCGCUCUAUCUACUGUUUGUUCUUCUAGUCCGGGCUGCGGGCCCGUCCGCCGCGCUCAACUGGCCACUCUAACCGUGUCUGCCGCGCGCAUAAGCUGCGGCUCUGAUCGUGCAGGCGCCAUGCUGUUUUUUACAUAAACUCUGCCUAGUGAG